AUGGGGGACCGGCGGCCGCAUCUUCGCGCGUUGGUUGAUAUGGGAAGCAAUGGAAUUCGAUUCUCCGUCUCGGACCUGUCGCCGCCGACAGCACGGACGCUGCCGACAGUCCAUUUCCAUAGGUCCAACAUCUCCUUGUACGAAGCGCAGUUCGACUCGAAGGGUGUUAGGAUACCGAUCCCGCAUUCCGUCAUACGAGCAGUCAUCGCCGCCCUGUUGCGGUUCAAGGUCGUGUGCGAAGAUCUCGGUGUGCCGCAGCAUCAGAUCCGCGUCAUCGCCACAGAAGCGACUCGCGAGGCGUUGAACUCGUCGGAAUUCCUCGCCGCGAUCAAGGAGGCAUCCGGGCUGACCAUCCACAUGCUUCCGAAAGAAGAAGAAGGUAGGAUUGGGGCCUUCGGCAUCGCCAGCAGCUUCACCUACGUCAAGGGCCUGGUGAUGGACCUCGGCGGGGGCAGCACCCAGAUCAGCUGGAUGAUUUCGCGCGAGGGCCGGGUGGAAACGAGUCCUAAGGGAGCUUUCAGCUUUCCAUACGGAGCUGCUGCGCUGACGCGGGCGUUGGAAAGCGCCAGGGCCGGGAAGUCCAGAGAAGAGGCCGACAAAGCCGUCGCCGAGCUCAGGGCGGAGAUGAAGAAGAACUUCCUCAACGCGUACCGCGAGCUUGAGAUCCCGCAGGAGCUGAUUGAUGAGGCCAGACUUUACGGCGGGUUCCAGCUCUACCUCUGCGGUGGAGGCUUCCGGGGUUGGGGCUACCUGCUUCUUUACCAAAGCCAGGUACAUGGGCACCAUUAUCCCAUCUCAAUCAUCAACGGCUUCGUGGCAGAUCACGCCAGCUUUACAGACACUGAGAGGUUGAAAGAAGUCGCACGCACGGCUCAUCGUAUCUUCCGCGUCUCGGACCGGAGACGAGCACAGGUCCCGGCGGUUGCAUUCCUGGUCAAUGUCCUGGCGGAAGCGAUCCCGUUCGGUAUCAAGGAGGCACAAUUCUGUCAAGGCGGGGUCCGUGAAGGCGUUCUGUUUCAAGAGUUAGCCUAUCCUGUCCGGAGGCAGCAUCCCCUUGAAGUGGCCACUGCGCGGUUCGCCAAACCAUCAGCGCUGGCCAUGGGCGAUCUAUUUCUGUCGGCCAUCCCCCCUUCCACGAGCGGCGAGCCGAGAUCAUUCCCAAGAUCCAUCUCAACAGAGGUCAUCCGCUCGCUGGCGAACGUGUUCUUCGAACACUCGGACUUGUCAAAGGAAUCAUCUUCGAGUGCCGCCUUGUACAGCACCUCCACCGGCAUCUUGGCCUCGGCGCACGGGGUCUCCCACACCGACCGCGCUCUCCUGGCGCUCAUGUUCGAAGGGCGUUUCGAAGGCGAGCUACCUCCGCGCGAGUCCGAUUACAAGGAAUCACUCCGUCACCUCCUCACGCCCGAGCAGGUCUGGUGGGCCCGCUACAUCGGCAGAGUAGCAAUGGUGGUGGCCAGGGUGUAUCCGGCUGGGAUCAUCGAUGAGACCAACCCGCGAGUGAAGAUGUCGGCGCGAUGGGCGGCCGGGCUGGGCAAGGACGGCAACAAGGACGGAGUGGAACUUUGUCUCUCGGUCGCCAAGAUCCCCGGCGACCCUUUCCUACUCAAGGACACGAUGCAGGAUGCCUUGCGGGUCAUUGAAAAGGUCGGCAAGCGCAAGCACUGGAUCGGCGGCAAAGAGGGGUGGGGAAUCAAGGUCAAAGUCAUCGUCGAAGAGAAGGAUCUACAACGGGGGCAGCAGAAACUGGCGUUGCCCCCAUCGCUCCCAUCGCCCUCAUCGCCCCCCCAGUGCGAGCAUGAAGAAGUCGAGAGAGGAGAGGGAGAGGAAAACGAGUGGCAAUUGGAGUGA